AUGACACGCCAAGGCUAUCUUAUCGUGCACGACAAGCGUAACCACCCGACAGUGCGCUACCUAUCGCUCGAAGACGGAUUCCUGCGCCAGUUCGCAUCGGCCGACUGCACCAAGUGCCUGGACGAAGUCCGGCUUUCGGGCUGCAAGAUUACUGUCAAGGCGCAGAAGCGCGCCGAUGGCGUGCCCAACAGUUUCUAUAUUGAAACCCGCAAGGUUUUCGUCAAGGACCGAUCCUACACACUAGGCAACGUUGAGCGCAUCGAGUUCAGCGCCUGCACGCUAUUACUGGCGCGACCCUGUGGCCACCUCACCUGA